AUGGCAGGAGGCCUUCCCCAGCCUCCUUUCGUCUGGCGCGUGGGCUCUCCAGGCCUUGGCACCAGCCGGGUCAGGCGUCGAAGAAUCCGGGACAGUCUCGUCGGGUGUCCCCAGCGGCCACCUGCACCUGGGAGGAGGUUUGGACGCCGAGGUACCACCGCGCACACGGAGCGCUCACCGUGCCUGGGCUCUGCAGCUGCCAACCCAGGCCUGACUGGAGCAAGGGAUGCGCCGCAGGUAGAAGGAGCUGUCCCUGCGGGAGACGCCCUAAGUGUGAUGUGCGGGGUGCCCUCGAUAGCGGAACACGCCCCUUUAAGGAGGAUUCCUAAGGCUGUCGCGACGGCGGGGACCGCCGGGGGCGGAAGCUGGCCAGUCCUGGGUUGCGGGGCCCGCUACACGGUUCUGGCGCCGCGUGAGUCCCCCACUGGCUGCUCUGAAAAGCCAUCUUUGCAUUGUUCCCGAUUCGGCUCCUCGCUCGCCGCAGCCACCUCCGCCGCGCGCCUCCUCCGCGGACCCCGGCAGCUAUCUCGCCAGAGUCUCCGAACUCGCGCUUUCCUUUUCACCCGCUGCACCGCACCACCAGCGUUCCCCACCAUGUCAGACGCUGCCGUGGACACCAGCUCCGAGAUCACCACCAAGGACCUAAAGGAGAAGAAGGAGGUUGUGGAAGAGGCGGAGAACGGAAGAGACGCCCCUGCUAAUGGGAACGCUAACGAGGAGAACGGCGAGCAGGAGGCAGACAACGAGGUAGACGAGGAGGAGGAGGAAGGCGGGGAGGAAGAGGAGGAGGAGGAGGAAGGUGACGGUGAGUAGCGCGCCCCGCUCCGC